AUGCUCGACAAGGCCGCGGCCCGCCCCCGCUGCCGCAGCUUCCUUAACCUCACCACCGGCGAGUGUAUCCGGAUGGACCUCCCGGAGCUGGAGGAGCACGCGUUGCUCGCGCUCACCCCCGAGGGCCUCAUCCUGCUGCUCGACGAGCCCACUCGUGUUGUCCGCCUGCUUAACCCGCUCACGCGCCAGCUCAUCGAUCUGCCGCCGGUGACCGCACUGCUGACACCGGAGUGGCAGCUUGACGGGCAUCUAGGAAAGACUAUUGAGGUCCAUGGCGCUAGCAUUGUCGAUGCCUCCACGGUGGUAGUCAGCUUCAAGUGGCCCGAAGGCAGGGGUGUCGAGGUUCUGAACGCCAACACAGAUGAGGGGGCGACGCCAAGGCUGCUGACGGCCAUCGACUGGGGCAGGUCAUUACAUAUGAAUGCAAUGACGAAUGAUAGUCUUCACCUGGUGGAUAACGCUGGGGACUUGAUGAUGGUGCACCGCAUGAUGCGAUGGGAUACCCAUGAAGAUGACUACAAGAGGAAGUGGGCGGUGUAG